AACGAGUUAGGUCUAUGUGCGACUGAGCUGGCCUGCGUUGGUGUGGUGUCUCGACCGCGGUCUACUUGACUCAUCGUGGCUGCGGGGUGAGUUGCAUCAUGUGCAUAUAAAGCCCUGCUCGCACAAACACAAUCUUCGUCUUUGGUGCAUUUCAGUCUCACUCAUCCAAACAAUACAAUCAAAAGGACACCCAAAAUGAACGAAUCAAGUCGGGAACGACUUGCUGCUCCAAGCAAUCUGGAACUGCAAGACUUCGACAACAUCGCCGAAAAUGCCCUCAACGUGACCUCAUUUGAGGACAUCCCUCCCGACGGAGGGUAUGCCUGGGUGUGCACCUUCUGUGUGUUCAUGAUCAAUGUGCACACCUGGGGGGUCAGCAGCGCAUGGGGAGUGAUUCUGAACUACUUCCUGUCGCAUUCGACCUUCCCCAACGCCAGCCACCUGGGCUUCGCUCUGAUCGGCGGCGUCUCGAUUGGGCAGUGUCUGCUCAUCGGUCCUCUGGUCACACAAACCCAUCAGACGGUUGGCACAAUGCCCACGCUGCUGUUGGGGACUGUGCUCGUCUCCGCCGCUCUCUUCAGCGCCUCGUAUGCCACCCAGUUCUGGCAUCUCCUCCUGACGCAGGGCAUCUGCUUUGGCUCCGGGAUGGGCUUUCUGUACCUGACCGCCACUGCCAUCCUGCCCAAGUGGUUCAGCAGCAAACGCAGCUUCUCCUCCGGGCUUGCCUCCUCCGGCACCGGACUCGGCGGGCUGGCAUACAGUCUGAUCGCGGGCCGCAGCAUCGAGACCAUCGGCAUCCAAGGCACCUACCGGGUCCUCGCCGCGUGCGCUCUGGGCGCCAACCUCCUGUGCUCGCUGCUCCUCCGCGACCGCCCAAGCCCUCAUCCCGCGCCCUCUGUCCUACGAUCCCGCCGCCAUCGCUCUCACCCCGCAGCCACCACCGCCACAACCACUCUCUUCUGUAGCCCCACAGAACUCACCCACCUCGAGGUCCUCCUCAUCAUCAUCUGGGGCACCUCCACGGACCUGGGGUUUAUCGCCCUCCUCUACUCGCUCCCGAACUACGCGACCUCCAUCGCCCUGACCCCAAGCCAGGGCUCCAUCGCCAGCGCCUGCCUCAACCUGGGUCUCGCCCUCGGCCGGCCGUUGAUGGGGUACCUCUCCGACCGACACGGCCGCAUCACCGUGUCGAUGCUCACGACCCUCGUCUGCGCGGUGCUCUGCCUCACCCUCUGGGUCUUUCUGUCCUCGUACCCGCUGCUGCUCCUCUUCGCCCUCCUGGCCGGCUCCGUCUGCGGCACUUUUUGGGGUACGGUCGCCCCCGUGCUGACGGACGUGGUUGGAUUGAAGCGGCUUCCGGCGACGUUCGGGCUGGUCUGCUUCAUGCUCGUGGCGCCCACGACGGUGGCGGAGGUGAUUGCGCUGCGGUUGGUGGAUCUGGCUGGCGGAGGGUACCUGGGCGCGAAGGUGUAUGUGGGCGGCCUGUUUGCCGUGGGCGCGGUGGCGUUGGCGGUGUUGCGGGCGUGGCGGUUCUACGAGAUCGAGCGGAAGGGGGUGGUGGAGCGGGAUGGCGGCGUGGGGGAGUUUCCGGGGUUUGGGAGGUGGGUUGCCCUGGAGAAGUUGUUUUUGCGGGGGAGAGUGUAG